CUAGCUAUCGUUUGACCUCACCACGUGAAACCCGUUCAACUUCCUUUUCAGGUCAACCACAGACAGAGAACAAUGGCGGAAAAAGAGAAGACACCAGCCCAAUCCGUGCAAGUGUUCGGCAGAAAGAAAACGGCCACAGCUGUUGCCCAUUGCAAGCAAGGCAAUGGACUACUAAAGGUCAACGGUCACCCUCUGGAGCUCGUCCAGCCUCUGGCCCUCCAAUCAAAGCUUAUGGAGCCUGUGUAUCUCCUGGGUAAGGACCGCUUCUCUGCUGUAGACAUCAGGGUGCGAGUCAAGGGAGGUGGACGUAUCGCACAGAUCUAUGCCAUCAGGCAAGCUAUCUCCAAGUCUCUGGUUGCUUAUUACCAGAAGUUCGUUGACGAAGCCUCCAAGAAAGAGAUCAAGGACAUCCUGAUCCAAUACGACCGAGCGCUCCUGGUCGCUGAUCCCAGGCGCUGCGAGCCCAAGAAGUUUGGUGGUCCAGGAGCCCGUGCCCGCUACCAGAAGUCCUACCGUUAAGACCAGGUCUAGGAGGGAUGGUGGUGAUGCUAGUACCAUAGGGGGGACACUGGUCCAAGAUCUUGUGAAUAAGGUCCUGGACUACGGACACACUCAUCGGCUGAGGGGGGGUUUCAUUUGCUAUGUUCUCAUGGCAGCAAUUGUGGUUGCAAUGUAUGACAUCAUGGAAUAAAUACAUCAUGUAAAUUCA